UUCCUAAUAAAUCACGCCUGUUUCCAGCAGCACUAACACGCCGGGUUGAAAAUAAAACUAUGUUGAAAUUUGCGGUACUCUACCUUUGCGCGGGCUUUGUGGUAGGGAGCUCAAAUCACAGAAGUGGACAUGAGGACAUCACCGACACAUUGGAGGCGCAUGUGACACAGGGACAAACCACUUUAAACGAGAUGUUCAGGGAGGUGGAAAAGCUGAUGGAAGACACGCAGCAGAAAUUAGAGGAGGCUGUGCACCAGAUGGACAACGAGUCUUCAAAGUCGCUGUUAUAUGGACGCAACUUUCCUGCCAAUUUCCACAAUGAAACUACAAGUGAGAUUAAUGUUGGAAACAAGACCUUCAAACUGAUAGAGAGGAUCGACAAGGAAACUGACAAUAAGACUGGAAAAACUAUUUUUUCCAGAACUCUCAUUCAGAGCACUGGACAGUGGAAUGAAGUAGAUCACGAGUGCAUGAUUGAUGAGGAUUGUGGGGACAGCAGCUACUGCCUGUAUGAGAUUGUCACCUCCAAAUGUAUGCCCUGCCAGACAGCUAAUAUGGAAUGUACAAAGGAUGAGGAGUGUUGUGGCGAUCAGCUGUGUGUGUGGGGUGUUUGUGCUCCAAACAGAACUAAAGGACAGUCUGGGACAAUCUGUCAAUUCCAGACUGACUGUAGUCCUCAACACUGCUGUGCCUUCCACAAAGCCCUUCUCUUUCCUGUGUGCCGUCCCAAGCCACAAGAACGCCAGGGCUGUCAUGAUCACCCUAACCAGCUAAUGGGGCUAUUACUGUGGGACGAUGAAGGCCCGCUUGAGCACUGCCCGUGUGCUGCAGGUCUGCAAUGCCAACCUCUCGGGAAAGAAUCAUUGUGUGUAUGAGAGAGAAAAACACAUCUGGUUAAGGGAUCAUGGACCAAUAUCCAGGCCCUCAUGGAAUUUGCACAUGCAGAUCUUCUCCAGAAUGAAACUAUCCAUCAUUCACAAAGUUAGCUCUGCACUUUGCAUAUUUUAUAUAUAUGUAUUUACUUACUUGCCUGUUUUGACGCUUUCAGCUAAUAUGAGAAUUACUCCUGUAGUAACUUACUAAAAUAAACUGGACUAUAGAAGUAAAUCAGUUUUGUAGAUUUCGCCACAAAAUCUGUCCAGGCCUAAACAUUUGUCGUAUUUUAAUUUGUAAUGCAUUCACAGAAAUCUCUGCACUCUAUUAUAGGGUUACAACGGUAUGAGAUUUUCAUGAUAUGAUAACAGAAAAUAUUACGGUAUCACGUAUACGGUAUUCCACAAUUACUAUUAUCAGUGAAAACAGAAGGGUUAUUUUAUAAUUUUUUUUUUGAGCAAACACUUUAUUAUAAUUGAAACUUGAAACAAUUUAUUUUAUUGAAAUAUGUGUAAGAAAAAAAAGUCUCCCUUUUGAAAAAAUAAGGCUAAUAGAAUUAUAAUAAUAAAUCAAAUUAUAAACAUGAUAAAAAAAAAUAGCAUGUAACUAUAACAUGUUAUAUAACUAAAGCAUGUUAGUUUGUUAAAUUGACUACUAAAUGGAAAAAGAACAUCAGCUGUGUGAGCUUUUGAAGUAUUGUCCUAUGAUUAUUAACAGUUAAUAUAUACUGCUCCUGUCUGUACCUUUUAACUCUGUGCUUCUCAACUGGUUGAGCUUCAGGACAGACUUUACAUUGGACAUCAAGUGUCGACCUGCCAUAGAUUAAACAUAACCUGUAUUUAAUGUAUCUUGGGUUGCAUAGUUUUGUUCAUGGUUUUCCAGUACAAGGACAUGCAUCAAGUGACAUUAUUUUUGUUGUUGAUGUCAACGUUUGACUUUCAUCACACAACUGAAUAACACCGGCUGCAUGACUAUGAUAAAUGAAUACCGCAAGAGGUAGAUUAACAUACAGGCGCGAAGGGACUUCAACAUUUCUAAAUUGCACAAAUAAUAAAUGCAUAUAUUCGUCUCUGGCUUGCUUUUGCUCGCAUGUCAAUGAUGCAGAGAUCUACUUUUAUCACUGAGAAGGUUUACCUGCAAAAUUAGUAGCACCAAACAUCACAAGCAGCCUCAAGAAUGCACAGAGUAGCCGUAUAACACUUUUACUUGAGCAGAAUAUUGCACUGCAGAUCGCAAAAUUUGUUCAAAGGGGAAAGCCAGAUAUAAAUGGCGCGCUCAAGUGCAUGGUUGCCAGAUUGCACAAAAUAAGUAUUACAUUAGGCGGAAUAUCUCCUAUUUGCUUAAGUAUAAAUCUCAAACUGGGGGGUGUUUCAUCUCUUAUCUGGCAACCAUGAGCAUGGUAAAUGCUUGUGGAGACGCGUUAUGUCCCAAUGCAAGUUAACUGAAAUAUCCAAUGAAAAAUAAAAACGCUUUUACGAUAAAUGAGGCGGUAAAUUUCCCAUGUCUGCAUCAGCUGUUUGCGAGAUUAAUAUAAAAUCUGCCUCGGCAGUCUUAAAACGUCUAUCACUCUGGCGGCCGCCAAAAUAUCUUCAAUGGGAGAACCAUGGCAUUGCUCUUUCCCUGCUGUCCGCGACCCAGUCCGAAUAAACCAGUUCAGAAACACUGCUUUAACUCCCACACACACUCAUGUCAGACCCCCUCGCCUCACUUCUCUGAUAUUUUCUCCGCUGUGUGUGUGUGACGCAAGUUGACGAGUCUGAGAGGCAGACGAGGAGGAAAGGAGAUGCGCACGCGCAUGUGAGAUUCUCCGUCCGGUUGCAUUUUUUCCUCAAUACCGUAGAUAAGCAAAUGUACAUGGUAUGAUAACCGUCAAUUUUCAAACCGUGGUAUACCGUUGCAACCCUACUCUACUAGAAUAAAAGUGCCUUCUUAUUGUCUCCUAAUUUAAUGGGAUGUGCUCUUUAUUUAUGUAACUUUUUAUUUUAAUGUCAUUGUAAUAUUUUGUUAGAAUAUGACAAUGUUGACCAAGCUUGACAUGGUUUCAAUUCAAGAUUAGUAUCCGCUGGGUACUAGGACCAUUUCAACAUGUACAUGUACUGUAAUAAAGUUUACGUAUGA